AUGCCACAUCCGUAUGUUCAUGUUGAAAAGCCACGGCAGCUUCACAAUCGUCCCGAAGCUCCACCGCAAGCAAUAGAGAAUGAUAAGAAAAAAUGCCGUCAAUAUUGUCAUAUCACUCGAAAAGCGAGUUAUAAUCAAGGAUUGAAAACAUUCAUCGAUGUUUAUAAAAUUGAGAAUCUGCAAGAUAAUCUCAUCCUAAUCAAUAAUUGUUCAACACAGAAUGAACUACGACGAGCUCUUCAAGCCGCGUCAAUAGCUAGUCAGUUUUCCAUCGAUACAGAGAAUAGAUUGGACGAUGAAUUAUCGAAAUUUCUUCGUUAUGGAUUAUUUGAUCAGAAAAUGAUGCCGACCUCUCCUCGAAUUAUGGUCAAUAUUCAAGAGCGUUUUGGCUACUGGAUGCUCGACAGGGAACCUCCUGUAAAGGAUGGGUUUCCGAGGGAAGAGAGCAGAGAAGAGGACGAUGAUUAUUUUGAAUUACAAAUUCCUGCUCCAAGAAAGAAGAAGAAGAACAACGGUAAUGGAAAUAUUGCUCAAGAAUGGAGCCUUCAACGAGCGGCAGCAACAAUUCUUAAUCUGUUCGUCGACAAAUCAUUCACAAUAAGUAAAUGGCAUGGUGGUCUCGAUCAACGACUUAAAACAUAUAGAGAUACAUCAUUGUACGGUCGAAGAACUUUAACAAAAUUCGGAUACUCAACUGCAACGCCGAGAGAACAUGAUUAA